CAACCUUCGACCGGAACCGGAAGUGGACCCCCAAGUCAGGAGGAAGAAGCCGGCGCGGCCCCGUCAGCAGCCGGCCGCGGCUGUUCUGAAGGACGGCGGCCGCGCUCCCGUAAGCGGGUCUGGGGUCCAGCCGGCGGCCCGAAGGCGCGGCGCCAUGAAGCUGUACAGCCUCAGCGUCCUUUACAAAGGCGACCCCAAAGCGGUGCUGCUCAAAGCCGCAUACGACGUGUCUUCCUUCAGUUUCUUCCAGAGGUCCAGUGUUCAGGAAUUCAUGACCUUUACUAGUCAGCUGAUUGUGGAACGCUCAACAAAAGGCAGCAGAGCCUCUGUCAAGGAACAAGAGUAUCUUUGCCAUGUCUACGUCCGGAGUGACAGUCUUGCAGGUGUGGUUAUUGCUGACAGUGAAUAUCCUUCGAGAGUGGCCUUUACCUUGCUGGAGAAGGUACUAGAUGAAUUCUCCAAGCAGGUCGAUAGGAUAGACUGGCCAGUAGGGUCACCUGAUACAAUCCAGUACACAGCCCUGGAUGGUCACCUUAGCAGAUACCAGAACCCCCGAGAAGCUGAUCCCAUGAGUAAAGUACAAGCUGAACUGGACGAAACCAAAAUCAUUCUGCAUAACACCAUGGAGUCUUUGUUAGAGCGAGGCGAGAAGCUUGAUGACCUGGUAUCCAAAUCAGAAGUACUGGGAACACAGUCGAAAGCCUUCUAUAAAACUGCCCGGAAACAAAACUCAUGCUGUGCAAUCAUGUGAUGUGGCCCACAGAGGCAGGCGCUGGAUCGUCAUGUCACAUCAGAACUGCAACUCCUGCAGAUCAGCGAUACCCUGAAGAUCUGGAGCCAGGCAGACUGGCUGUUUUUAUUUUGACGUUCUCAAGACGAAUGGAGGGAUGACUUAAGGGUGGGAACAUUGACGUUCACAUGUGUGGCUGUGACUUCGGGAAAGAAUUUGAGGUCCUCAAAGAUGUAAUGUUGGGAAAAUGAAACCAUAAACUCUAAGUGGCUCUUAUAGGUGCUGAAGGGCUUAUUCUCAGCUAACCCUGGAAGGCUCUGUGGGAGGGAAUCUUUUUCCUGAUCCUUGAUGCGACUUAGGAUUUCAUUUGUGCAUUAACGAUAUUAACUCUCCAGUGAAUGGGGUGGGGUGGGGCGUCUUGGGUGAUAGGGCUGGGUGGGCAGAGUUUGAACACUCCGGAAUUCUAGUCUCUUGCACUGUGGGGGCUGGGAGAAGCUCACCAUGAGUGAGGACUGUCAAAGUGGUCACUGGAUCCCCUCUGUUUGACUUAACUGUCUGCUAGAAUUGGCAUCUGUCAGGAACAGGGCCUGUCCUAAGUACCUUUGUCCAGUGCCACAAAC